AUGGAGUUUGACACAGAAGAAGAAGCUUAUCAUUUCUAUAAUGCUUGUGCUUACAAGAUAGGUUUUAGCAUUCGAAGAAGUAAAAUGUAUAAAGAUUUAGAAAGGCGGAUAACAAAUAGAGUAUUUUGUUGUUCAUGUGAAGGUUAUCGUGAAAAAGAUAAACGAGAUGUCAUGGUGAAAUCUCAUCGUGCUGAAACAAGAUUUGGUUGUUUAGCACGAAUGAAAAUUUAUCGUCAAAAUGGUAAAUAUCGUGUGGUUGAGUUUAUUAUUGAGCAUGCACAUAUGACAUCAAGUCCUAGUAAAAGUCAUUUACAUAGAUCUCAAAGGAAAUUGACUCUUGCUCAAACAUCUGAAAUUGAUUUAGCUAACAUCUCAGGGAUUACUCCCAAUGCAAGAGAUACUGGAGGUAUUCUUGAAUAUCUUCAAGGCAUGCAAUUAGAAGAUCUUGCUUUUGUUAGUGCCAUACAAGCUGAUGAAGAUGAUAUGAUAACUAAUAUAUUUUGGGCAGAUGGAAAAAUGAUGGCAGAUUAUUUUCAUUUUGGUGAUGAAAAAAUCCAAAGACUAUUCUCACAAACCAAGAUGCAGCAAUGGCAAAAGCUUUAUCUUCUCAAUGGCCAGAAACAACUCAUCGCCUAUGUAUUUGGCAUAUAUACCAAAACGCUGCAAAAUAUCUUAGUGGAGUUUUUGAACAUUUUUCGAGAAUUUACUAAGGAUUUUAGUAGUUGUAUCUAUGACUAUGAGGAAAAGAAUGAAUUCUUUGAAACUUGGAAUAAUAUGCUUGAGAAAUAUGAUCUUAGUAGUAACAAAUGGUUGCAAGAUAUGUUUGAUUUAAAGGAAAAAUGGGCAUUAGUAUAUGGAAGAGAGACAUUUUGUGCAAAUAUGACAAGCACUCAGCAAAGUGAAAGUAUGAAUAAUGUGAUUAAGAAUUAUGUUAGCUAUAAGUAUGACAUUCUGAGUUUUUUUCAGCAUUUUCAAAGGUUAGUUGAGGAUCGUCGACAUGAUGAAUUGAAAGCUGAUUUCAAAGCAACACAACGUGCAUUGUCACUAUCUUUGCCAAUAGAAAUACUGAAGCAUGCAUCCAUUGUUUACACUCCAGCUGUAUUUAGAAUGUUUGAAAGAGAAUUGUGCAAAGCUUAUGAUUGUGCUAUGAACAUUCAAAAUGAGGUCGGAACAGUGACUGAGUAUAAAAUUACCCCUCAUGGAAAGCAUUUAAAUCAUAUUGUUAUAUAUGAUUCUUCCAAUGGAACAGUGACAUGCAGUUGCAAGAAAAUUGAUUUUGCAGGAAUUUUGUGUGCGCAUAUUUUGAAAGUGUAUUCAUCUAGAAAUGUCAAAAGAAUUCCUUAUCAUUAUAUUUUGAAAACGUGGACAAAGUAUUCUAAAACAGGAAAUUCUACAACUGAGUAG